AAUCGAAACGAUUCAACAUAAAGAUCGUUGUAGUCAUCGGAAAGGUAAGAAGAUGUCGGAGAGUACGACCUCGAACGUACGCGAGGUAAGUAGAAAUGAUUGGCCGCGUAGGCGGCCUCGGCCUCGGCCUCGUUUAGGUGGAGAACGAGGAAGAAGCGAUGCUUGGCUAACAGAGAAGAGGGGUGCAGUAGGAUUUUGCGCAGUGAGUUACCCCGGCUACGAUCGGACCUCUCUUAUCCCCCGCCGUGAGCCACCAACGAACUCAGGUGGGGGAUGAUGUUGCCGCGGAUGCUGGCUCCUCGUCGUAGACGGACGAAUCUCGCGUCAGUGCGGAUCAGAAGCGGACACUCGGGUAUUUCUCGACACUUUCCAGCGCGUUCAAAGUUACUUUAAGAUCUUGAGUCUCUUCCUCUAAGUGAGAUUUUAAUCAACAAUGCAGUGGAAGAAGUAGAAGAGAAGAAGAAAAUAGAAUUUUUGUGGAAGGGGAAAAAUCAUCAUCGAGGAAAAAAGGAAGAGAUCGAGAGUUCCUAACUUUCCACCUGAGCUGUCGCGUCGAUGCCGCGUAUCUCGUGCUUGGAUAGCGCGGGACCUCGUCUCGUUUCGAGGACGAAUAAAUUCCUGAUAACAGUAGUAUCACCGAACUCGUCUUACUUGAGUCCUGCACCAUGACGAGCUCCUCUCUCGAUGGAUCCAACGUGCUCCACCGUCGACCGACUCCUACGACUUCGCUGCCCCUGGCAGCUUUGGAUUUCUCGUCCUUGAACGAGUAAUGACGAUGAUAACUCUUCACGUCUACUUAUCAUGCACUAUAAAAUAUCACGAGGCAAUGCUACAGUAGAAUAUCGAAUCACAUAUCAUGGAGGCAGUAGUUAUUUUCAUAGGAGUCCUUACUGUACUGGUUUUAUGCGUGAACGAACCUGUCAAAGGCAUUCCCGGACAGUGUAUGUUACCUCUCGGCAUGGAAGAGGGAAGGAUUCCCGACGACGCUAUUACUGCGUCUUCGAGUUACGAAAUGAAAUCUGUGGGGCCGCAAAAUGCAAGAUUACGGCACGAAAAAAAUGGCGGAGCUUGGUGCCCAAAAGCACAAAUCAGCAGUGCUAUACGAGAAUAUUUGGAAAUCGAUCUUACAAAAAAUCACCUUAUUACGUGGACUGAAACUCAAGGACGUUUCGGUAACGGUCAAGGUCAAGAAUAUGCCGAAGCAUUCUUUCUCGAAUAUUGGCGCGAUUUAAAAUGGCAUCAAUAUAAAAAUCUUAAAAGGGACAAAGUAUUACGAGGAAAUAGCAAUACAUAUUUGGUAGAGAAGCAGAAAUUAGACUUACCAUUCGUAGCGAGCAGAGUACGAUUCGUUCCAUACAGUCAACAUCCUCGUACCGUCUGUAUGCGUGUAGAAAUUUAUGGCUGUGUGUGGGAACAACAUAUCGUAAGAUACGUAAUACCCGCGGGUGAUUCAUUCGGACCAAACGGAUCCAACGUGGAGGAUUCUUCCUAUGACGGUACAGAGGCUGAUGGUAUUUUAAGAAAUGGGCUUGGUCAAUUGAUCGACGGGAUUUUCGCGGACGAAUCUGAAGCGAUGACCUCUUCCAGCGGCACGAAUUGGGUCGGAUGGAGCAAUCGAGAUAACGUACAAUUGAUCUUUGAGUUCGACGAUGUCCGCGAAUUUGUCAACUGUAGCAUACACGUAGCGAAUUUACCACAACAUGAUAUCGAGAUAUUCUCAGAGGUUUCUGCAUGGUUCUCUUUUGAUGGUAUUGAUUAUGAUCCAAUGGAAGCAACAUUGCGAACAACAGAUGACAUAAAAGUCGGCACUAGUCUUUCAACGAUCCUGUUACCAACGCGAAUUGGCAAAUUUGUUAAAUUGGAACUUAAACCCAAAUCCAAAUGGUUACUCCUCAGCGAGAUCACUUUUGAAACAGUUGUAGGUACAAGGAAUUUAUCGAAUGAGUCGACUAAUCAAAUAAUCAACGAUGAUGUGAAUGACAUCGAAUUGAGCGUGGACGUUGCUGAGAAAUCCAACAACGAUUUCAACGAGACGAUUUACGAACAAAAUGAUUCUAACUUAACGCCCGACGCCUUUCCAGUUAAUAAUUCUCAAACUUACAUCGGUCUCGUGAGUGGUGCAUUGACAGUGAUAGCCUUGCUUCUAACUUGUACGAUAUUUUUGAUGAAACAAAGAGGACGCAACAAAGUGGCUCUCUUGCAAAAGCACACGGCUUUGUUGUGUGGUUCCUCAGCACCAGGCAUCACGAUCAACAUGAAGGAUGUUAAAUUAGCUACUCCAAUCGUUGUCAAUGGCUUGUCUCAAUCACGAUUAUCAGUCAAAAGCAAAACUGUUACGAAUGACGACGAAAGUAUUCGUGGUACAACCGAGAGACGUAAUUCGGAACGAAUUUACGAACGCUCCAGCGCCUACGAGAAAACUUACAAAGUUUUCUCAGAAGACAAUCAUGUUUAUGAUGGACGAUCUCAUCAAAGUGAAUUAUUAUCGUCAAUAGAUUAUAAUACCGAUUACACUGACUUCAACAGCGAGUGUAACUUUUCAAGUUACAAGUUAGGAAAUCGCGUGGUAUCUACGCCUUUUCCGGUAAAGAAGUCAAAAUCGACACAGUCGGGAAAAAUCAAUCAUAAAGUUUACGAAGGCUAUUAUGCUGCGACUGAUAUUCUCACGAUCAAAAGACGUGAACAGUCUUCCGUAUUCAGUCUCUUUACACCUUUACAUAUCAGAGAUAACAGUCAUUGUGCCAAUAAUCGAGAUUCUUGCGACAUUCCACGGAUUUCUAGACAUAGAUUAAGAAUUCUUGACAAGCUUGGCGAAGGAAGUUUCGGAUUGGUACAUCUUUGUGAAGCUAAAGGUAUUCAAAAUCCAGAUGUUGGAAGUAUACGAAAUCGACAAGUUGUUAUAGUUCGCUCCUUGUGGCGUGGAGUCGUAGAUUCUCUGAAGAAAGACUUCACGAAUGACAUGCAUUUUUUGGCAACCAUUCGUGAUGUUAAUAUCGCAAGAAUAAUCGCUUUGGUUGAGGAAGAACCUUUCGGUGCUGUGUUUGAAUACGGCGAGUUGGGAGAUCUUCCAAGUUUUUUGGAAGAUCGCCGCAAGUCUGAAAACGAUGCAUCAUUAAACUACGAAUGCUCUUUAAAUUUCAUCAUGCAAAUCGCCUCAGGAAUGAAGUAUCUCGAGAAUUUGAACAUACCCCAUCGCGAUUUGGCAGCCAGAAAUUGCAUCGUGAAUCAAAAUUUAUCAGUAAAAGUGUCCGAUCAUGCUAUAUAUUGCAACAAAUAUGAUAACGUCUAUUACGUUGAUGGAUGUUAUAGAAAAAUACCGCUUCGUUGGAUGGCCUGGGAAGCGGUGAUAUUGGGUAAACAAUCUUGUCGAGCCGAUAUUUGGUCGUAUGCGAUAACAGUCUGGGAGAUCUUAACAGAAUGUAAGGAAAUACCCUACUCAGAUUUGACCUCGGAACAAGUAUUAGAGAAUUAUGAUCGUUGGUAUAAUCAUACGGGCUACAAUAGCAGUGGUACCAGUGAAAAGAAUCAACCUCGAGUACUGCCCCAACCAUUAUGCUCCUCCGCCGAUUUAUAUCACAUGAUGGUCAAGUGUUGGAGUAAACAGCCCGAAAACAGACCGACGUUCGAGGAGAUCUACCUCUAUUUAAAGAGACUGGCUUUCGAUUAAAAAAGAACGCUCCAUGAGACUCGCUCCAGCAGCGCGGACCAAAUUAAUUACAAUCAGCUAAGAUGCAUCCUACUUAUUUGCCUCUAUCUUUCUAUUACGAUGAUCGUUCAAUUAUUAUUCUCGUGUGUGAAUUUUUUCACUUACACAUCAUCAUUCACACUUCUCCUUUAAAGUAGGAUGCUCUGGCCCUUAACAUAUAAUGCUCAUCUAGGUUUAUCUAAUUCGAUCCUCUAUUAUUAUAAUACUUAUAAAAUUAAGGAUUCGGAUAAACAGAAACUUUUUUAUAAAAAUUA